GAUGUAUUAGCGACUGGGCGAGUCUCGCUCUGACAAUUCAAACUACAAGAACAGUUCAACUUAAUGAAAGACUUGGACACCGUUGGUUUUGACGGACACAGAUUCACCGCACGAGCAUUGCGCUCACCUGCUCUGUGGCUUUUUUAGUGAUUUAUGACUGCACGUUCCAAGUGUAUUUAUGGUAAUACGCGUUACUUGAUUGGGUUCAGUUUGGGCUACUUCUGCAAAGGGGUGUCGGGUGUUUUACUCUGUUCUCGGAGUUAGUGCAUGCGUAAUUACUCGUCUGCACCCCGCUGAUUACCUCUCACAUUUGACUCUUAACAAUGGUCGCUGAAGGUCACGUUUUAGUGCGACGCACUUAUUUAAGUAAUAUGCAUCUGUUCUUUUGCAACCGUGACUUGAUUUACAGAUAACUUUUACAUCUGAAGUAAUUAAACCGAGACAGCAGGGGAUGUUAUUCACUCAUGUGUUUUGACCAGCAGAGUCGUUUUAGUCCACUUUAUAGGAAAGACAAACCGGACUAUGACUUGGUCAAAACUUUGCUCUGCGCUCCUGCGGAUGAUCCAGUGAAAAGUGUCAAAUCCUACCGGAUAGUUUAAUCGUGCCAAGCUGAGGAUGUUAGAAAGUCCGUCAAAGAACGGCGGCAUCAGAAUGCUCGUGCCCCCGGCUUCGAACGACGACAGGCGGGUAGAGUUUGUGGCUCUCGCCGCUGUUCACACGGAGAGAAGCGAACCGUCCAGCCCGGAGCGCGGACACGCGUCUCACCGCACGGGUCUGCUGGGCACCCCGCUGCCCGGGCGGCCUGGAUUCCGGGCCAACACCCCUCCUUCAAACAAACGCUUCAGAAAGUUUCAAAACUGCAUGUACAACGUGCUGGAAAGACCAAGAGGAUGGGCUUUCAUCUACCAUGCGUUCAUUUUUCUGCUGGUGUUCAGCUGCUUGGUGUUGUCUGUGUUCUCCACCAUCCCCGACCACCAGAAGUUUGCCAACCAAGGCCUCUUCAUCCUGGAGUUUGUGAUGAUCGUGGUGUUUGGGUUGGAGUACUUCAUCAGGGUCUGGGCAGCUGGCUGUUGCUGCAGAUACCGUGGAUGGAAGGGACGGCUGAGAUUUGCCAGGAAGCCCUUCUGUGUCAUAGACUUCAUAGUAUUUGUGGCAUCGUUGGCAGUGAUAGCAGCUGGGACGCAGGGCAACAUCUUCGCCACGUCAGCGCUGCGCAGCAUGCGCUUCCUGCAGAUCUUGCGUAUGGUUCGUAUGGACCGUCGGGGAGGCACCUGGAAACUACUGGGCUCAGUGGUUUACGCUCACAGCAAGGAGUUGAUUACCGCCUGGUACAUAGGUUUCCUGGUCCUGAUCUUUGCCUCCUUUCUGGUGUACCUGGCAGAGAAAGACAUCAACUCAGACUUCAGCACCUAUGCAGACUCCCUCUGGUGGGGGACUAUUACUCUAACAACCAUUGGCUACGGUGACAAGACCCCUCGUACUUGGCAAGGACGGCUCCUAGCUGCUGGCUUCGCUCUUUUGGGAGUGUCCUUCUUUGCCCUGCCUGCUGGAAUUCUGGGGUCAGGCUUCGCUUUGAAGGUUCAAGAGCAGCAUCGACAGAAGCACUUUGAGAAGAGGAGGAUGCCUGCUGCCAACCUGAUACAGGCUGCAUGGCGUCUCUACUCUACAGAUGCCAAACACUCCUAUCUGACAGCUACAUGGUACUUCUAUGACAGCAUGUUGCCUUCGUUCAGAGAACUGACGCUACUGUUCAGUCACCUCCAGCGACAGGGUAACACCAAGAAGGUCCUCCACAACUCCUACCACACGCUGCUGUCUGGGCUGCGGCCCUACAGCCUCCCCUACCUGUCAGGGGACAGUAAAAUGGGCUUUCGGGAUCGGAUCAGGAUGAACAAUUCCCGAUCAUCCCAAACCAUGAGGAGCAAGGCGUCACCGCUGCCCCCGGGCUCCAGUGUCCGCAGCUCUCCCAGCCAGGAGAACGUCCCCGAGGCCACCAGCCCCGGGAAGGUCCAGAAGAGCUGGAGCUUUAAUGACCGCACGCGCUUUCGCACCUCCCUUCGCCUCAAACCACGUCCACCUGUUGAUGAGGGGAUUGGGGAGGACAGUGUAGAAGACAAACCAUAUUGUGAUGUGUCCAUGGAGGAGGUAAUCCCAGCAGUGAAGACGCUCAUACGGGCUGUCAGGAUCUUAAAGUUCCUUGUGGCCAAGAGGAAGUUUAAGGAGACGCUGCGUCCGUAUGAUGUGAAGGACGUCAUAGAGCAGUACUCAGCUGGACACCUGGAUAUGCUGGGCCGUAUCAAGAGCCUGCAGAUGCGGGUGGAUCAGAUAAUUGGGCGAGGAGCCGUUCAGACCGAUAAGAAAGCGCGCUCUGAAAAGGGAGAGAAAACGCCGCCAGAACUGGACCCACUGGAUGAGCUGAGCAUGAUGGGACGUGUUGUCAAGGUGGAGAAACAGGUACAGUCUAUAGAGAACAAGUUGGACCUCCUGCUCAGCUUCUACUCCCAGUGCCUGAAGAAAGGCUCGUCCCACUUCACCCUGUCCUCCCUCCUGGACCCCGACCUGACGUCUGACUACCACAGCCCCACGGACCAAAGAGACCUCUUCCCCUCCGCCAACACUCUCAACAUCUCUGAGAGCAGCAACUUGGAAUGACAGUGAGCCGAGCAGUCUCCCAGGGCUGUUCGAACAAAGACACGAAACCCUUUACAGUACGUCUUCCUGCGUCUGAGUCCUCACUUGGAGCAGCCGGGCAUUAAUGUCAUCAAUCAUUUCAUAUCUGUCCGGGACAAUUUUUACCCUUCCAUCUCAAAUCGGCACCCUCUACUCUUUUCCCCCGAAGUGGAUGUGUUUCCAGAGCUGAUACAAACAGAGGCCACCAGAAGGCUCCACCUGACAAGGAGCCUCAGCCAAAGCUGCUCACCGCACACACACCUCUCAACCCACUAGAUGAGGAGGAAGAUGAAGAGAGGGCACAUGACUUGACUACUGAACCACUUGCACCCAUUCAGCUCAUGCUAUAUGUCUAUGCCUCCUUUAAAGGGUCAACUGUAGAUAAUCAGACUUUAGGCUUUGAAGUUUUGUAAAUCUUUGGAGAAAUCU